AUGAUUAGGGGAUUGCUUGAAAGCCAGGAGUUACAGGAUUACGCCUGUCAAAAGGAUAUGAACAAGCUGACUGCGGACGGCUCCGAAACAGUUGUUCCUGGACAGAUUGAAGGCGCAGGAAUUACAAGCCUCAGCCCUGAAAAUGAGCAGCAGAGUCUCCCUCCGCAGGCCCCGUGCCCCUUGGCGAAGGCCUCCACUGGCAGCAGACCUGUUUCGCCUGAAGAAGCCAAGGCAAACGAUUUGGAGAGGACCAAAGUUGGGAUCUGCAAGCUCAGCAGCAGCAGCUCUGGGCAAGCCAACGCCACCCUCCGCAAGGAUCCUAUCGAGACCUGUCCGCUCAAGAGCAUCCUCACUGCGGGGCCCACGGCCUCGGCCCCGAUCCCGCACUGCAAAAUCCCCACUUUGCAAAGCCUAGAUGGGGAAGCUAAUCAGAGCCUUGGGAAGAGCACGCUGGAGCAAAACAAUGCCAAAGGCGGCUGGGUGCCCAUGAGCCAGAGCACCGUGGUACUGGGCACAGAUGGGAACACUUCUGUUCUUCCUGGCAGCGUCAAUGGGGAUGACGAAGAAGGGGAUGAGAAUAAAGCCCGAGGGAACUGGUCUAGCAAGCUGGACUUCAUCCUCUCCAUGGUGGGUUAUGCAGUGGGGCUGGGCAAUGUCUGGAGGUUCCCGUACCUGGCCUUUAAGAAUGGGGGAGGUGCGUUUCUCAUCCCCUACCUGAUGAUGCUGGCUCUAGCCGGGAUUCCCAUUUUCCUCUUGGAAGUGUCACUGGGGCAGUUUGCUAGUCAGGGACCCGUGUCUGUUUGGAAAGCCAUUCCUGCCUUACAAGGCUGUGGCAUUGCGAUGCUGAUCAUCUCUGUUCUAAUAGCCAUAUAUUAUAAUAUUAUUCUGUGCUACACACUUUUCUACCUUUUUGCAUCCUUUGUACCUGUAUUACCUUGGGCUUCCUGUAACAAUCCCUGGAACACACCAGACUGUAAAGAUAAAAACAAACUUUUACUAGAUUCCUGCAUCAUUGGUGACCACCCUAAAAUACAAAUCAAGAACUCUACUUUUUGUAUGAGUGCCUAUCCAAACUUGACAAUGGUUAACUUCACCAGCCAAGGAAAUAAAACGUUUGUCAGUGGAAGUGAAGAAUAUUUCAAGUACUUUGUGUUGAAGAUUUCUGCAGGGAUUGAAUAUCCCGGUGAAAUCAGGUGGCCCUUGGUGCUCUCUCUCUUUCUGGCGUGGGUAAUUGUGUACCUAUCCCUUGCUAAAGGAAUCAAGACAUCAGGAAAAGUGGUGUAUUUUACUGCUACAUUCCCUUACGUAGUGCUUAUCAUCCUACUUGUCAGAGGAGUAACGUUGCCAGGAGCUGGGGCUGGAAUUUGGUACUUCAUCACGCCUAAAUGGGAGAAACUGGUGGAUGCAAUGGUGUGGAAAGAUGCUGCCACUCAGAUUUUCUUCUCCUUAUCUGCCGCAUGGGGAGGUCUAAUUACUCUCUCUUCCUAUAACAAAUUCCAUAAUAAUUGUUACAGGGACACGCUGAUAGUAACAUGUACCAACAGUGCCACAAGUAUAUUUGCUGGCUUUGUCAUCUUUUCAGUUAUUGGCUUCAUGGCAAAUGAACUUAAAGUAGAUAUUGAAGAUGUGGCCGAUCAAGGUCCAGGUAUUGCUUUUGUGGUUUACCCUGAAGCCUUAACAAGGCUUCCUCUCUCUCCAUUUUGGGCUAUAAUAUUCUUUUUGAUGCUUCUGACCCUUGGAUUGGACACUAUGUUUGCUACUAUUGAGACCAUAGUGACCUCCGUUUCAGAUGAGUUUCCCAAAUACUUACGUACUCACAAACCACUCUUCACUCUUGGUUGUUGCAUUUCCUUUUUCAUCAUGGGAUUUCCUAUGAUCACUCAGGGUGGAAUGUACAUGCUCCAGCUUGUGGAUACUUAUGCAGCCUCUUACUCUCUUGUCAUCAUUGCCAUAUUUGAACUUGUUGGGGUUUCAUACAUAUAUGGCUUGCAAAGAUUUUGUGAAGAUAUAGAGAUGAUGAUUGGAUUCCAGCCAAACAAAUUUUGGAGAGUCUGUUGGGCGUUUGUAACCCCAACCAUUUUAACUUUUAUUCUCUCCUUCAGUUUUUACCAGUGGGAACCAAUGACAUAUGGAGCUUACCACUAUCCUGGCUGGUCCAUGGUACUUGGAUGGUUGAUGCUGGCCUGCUCUGUUAUUUGGAUUCCAGUUAUGUUUGUAAUAAAAAUGCAUCUAGCCCCUGGCAAAUUUAUUGAGAGGCUCAAGUUGGUCUGCUCUCCACAACCUGACUGGGGCCCAUUUUUGGCUAAACAUCGUGGUGAACGUUACAAGAAUAUGAUUGAUCCAUUGGGAACUUCCUCCCUGGGACUUAAACUGCCAGUGAAAGAUUUAGAACUGGGGACCCAAUUCUAGUAAUUAUUAUAUUGGUGGCAAUAAUAUAUACAGCCUUUAUCUUAUUUUUCUUUUACUAGUUUCCUGAUGUGUCUUUUGUAAUUUUUCACAGUGCCUGAAAGUGGUUGCUUAGAAAGUAGGACUUAUUGUCGCAUGCCAUAGUAAAGAUCUAGACAGACCACUUUGAGUACUGUGUAAUGUGUGUGAGUGUGUGUGUUCUUUUUUUCCUAGUGGUGCCCACAGCUUUUUAUUUUCACCGUGACAGGGCAAUGUGGCACACUCCAACUUUUUCCAGGUCAGGCCUAACCUAACAGGCCUGGGCACUGUGAUUUAAGCAUUUAGGUAGGGAUAUGGCUUCAACCAACAUAGGACUAAUUCUGCUCUUUUGCACCCAGGGUCCCCUGUUGUAACAUGUAACCAUAAUGGGACUGAUAAUAUGUUAUCAGGGUAACCAGAGACCAAGGGAAUGAGAACAGAAUGUGGUUUGUAUGGCCAUAUUCUGACCUCCUUAAUGUUGAUGUAAAACUAGGGUGACUUUGACCUAAGUGGAGUCACUUAGAUUUAUGCCAGGCUCAAAAUUUGACCCACUCUGUCUGCAAAAAUUUCUUCUAUAAGCACUGAUUAUACUGACUUCUGGGCCUUGAGACAACAUUUAAACAGUGCACUGGUAUGUGAUACAUGGCAUCAGAAUAGAAAGGACUUAAUGAGCCAUUCAAUAUUUUUGAGCAAAAAUAUGAAAGCAAAUGUAAAAACUGAAUAUUUGAGAUUAGGACUAAAGCAGUAUUUGAGUCUGAAUACUGAUUUGAAAUUAUGCCAAGUACAGGCAGAUGGGCACCACUGUUUUAAUUAAUUUCAUGCAUUUCCAUUAAUAAUUUGGUAUUUGUCUUUUUCAUUAGCAAAUGUCUCAGUUAUACGGAGUAUCUAAAUCUUCGUUUCACUGGCAAACUGAAUAUACGAUAAGUGCAAAUGCAGUUUUAUUCGUGCCAUCCAAAUACUCUGAAUGUGGUUUCCAUGCUUUCUCUGCUUUUGUUUACAAUCUCUCCUCAAGAAGCCAUCAUAUAAUUUGUGCCUAAUUUUAUAUUCUUACAGUAGUAGGUAUAUUCGAGUUUCCACAUGAGAACAGUUAUUAGAACUUAGCCGUGCUGUUUAACUACGCGAUUCCCCUAUUUGUUCUCUUAUAAACUUCUUUAUAUAACUCAUAGAUGUAUUCUUCUCUUUCAACCAAUGGGGAAAUAGUAAGACCCCAAAUUGUCUAUAUAUUAUAUAUAUAUAUAGCGCACAAAUUUUUCAAAGCACUAUUCUCUCAUAACAAUCUGAAUGUAUAUAGCCUGCCUGCCUUUUUUUGCUGUCAACCCCCUCAUUAAAAAACGAACAAUAUAACACUGAAGUCACUAACACAGUUGCAACCUUAGAUAGACAAAACAAUAAAGAGGAGAAGGAAGAGCUUAGUAGAUUGCCAUUAUAACAACUUACAUUACCACACUACCUUCUAAACCACCGCAUUUUAGAAAUCCAAGAUAUAUGAAGAACAAUAUACGAGUAUUAGUCUUAAACAGUUCUGUUACCUAGGGGGCAGAGUAAAAAUAGAGCUUUUACGGGUACAUUUAAUUACCUGACUAGAAAUUACCCCCAUUUAUUGUAAAUGCACUAGAACGAGGGAGAAAAAUAUGUCUUCAAUAAUUGGCAAAACUGUAACCUUUAUUAUCCUGUUGUAGCCUAUACAUACAUAUAUGAGAUUUUUUUAAGAGUGAUCAGUGUUCAUGUAGUGUGUACUAGUGAUGUUUUAUGUCCCUAUAAAUAUCUUAUCAAUCAGUGUAGAGAUGGUGAGUUUAGAUUAGCUUAGCCUGUUUUUUUCCCCCACUGCUGUAGUAGCCAAUCUAAAUGUACUUUCCUUUUAGGGGACUGUUUAUGUCACGCUCUUAUUUUGUCUGUUAGUCUUUACAUUACAGGGUCUCAGGUAAAUCUUCAGUUAAUGUGUCAGUAGAUCUAUAGAUGUGAUGUUUUCAUCCCAUCAAAGAAAAAAACAAAAAACAAACUAGACCUUAAUGUAACAUUUUCAAAAUAAUCAUUUAGUGUGUGUGUGUGUGUGUGUGUGUGUGUGCGCGCGUGCAUGUGUGUAUAUACAAAAGUAUAUUAAAAAUAUUAAUCAUUUUGCUGAACUUUAUCUUUCACGGGGCAAAUAGUGUUGCCAGUUAUUGACACUGCUGGAGAUACUCAAUCCUCAGGCAGUACAUAUGAAGCACAAUCAAAUGAUUUGUCAUUAAAUGAAGUCAAAAUAGAUUUAAAAAUAGUCUGUUACCACCCCUUUACUCUGCAGCAUGCUCCCUUUAGUUUGGGGUCCUUGUCAGACCCUAUGUCGUGUAGAGCAUGAAGACUGUGACCCUUCCACGAGCAUCUCUGCCUUAAAGCUGUGCCAAAUUGAUUUGCCUUUGCCAGCUGUUUUAAUAGAGAGCUGCUAUUCCAACUCCUUCUGGGUUUUGUUUCCCUGAGUGAACUGUGUUUGAGAAGCUACCCCUGGCUUGACAUAAUGAAAUUUAAUAAAUACAAUCUGAAAAUUAGCCUCUCCAAACACCCAUGGCUGAGGGAAAGAAAUCUGUAAUAUACUAAAAUGAAUUACCAGCAAGCAGUCUUUCCAACUGGAAGGGUGAAAAAAAGAACCUAAAUUAAUUAGCACCACCUAGUGGGAAUCAUGCGUUUUCAUCAGGAUGAAUAGAUUUUGGAUUCAUCUUUACUGGAUAAAACCUAAGUUUGAUUUUGGAGCCCAACCUAUUUUCUACUAAUUACUGCUGUUGUGACUUUUAAAAAUAUAUAUUGUUAAUAUUGUCAGGUUUUUAUUUUCUAGGGACUGUGAGUUUGCUUAAUAGCUGUGAAUACUUUUCACUGGCUGGGUUAUUCUUUCAGAAGACGCAUUUGUUUGAACUGAGAGUAACUAUCAGUAUAAACUGGUUACUGCCAAAGUACAAGGACAGUCCUUGCUUGCAUAAAAGAUCUGUCAUUUAAAUGGACACUGUUUAGUUACAAUAUAUCCCCACCUAUGUCACUACUAAUAGUUUAAGUCAUUGGGGGCUAACCUUUUUUUGGGCAGGUGUGCCACAAAUUAGCCCAACGCCCUUCCCAAGUACCAUUCCUCUGCCUGCUCAGAUCCCUGCCCUGUGUUCCCUGCCUCAUCUGCUGCUCUGUUUUCUGCUUGCUGUCCUCUCUGCUACUGUGCUGCUUGUCCCCUCCCCAAUCUGUAGAGUGCUCCACACACAGGCUGCCUGUGCCAGUUGUGGCAUGCAUACCACUAGUUGGCCACCUUUGGCUUAAGUUAUUAAAAGGAGUGACCAUGAAAAAUCUAAAUUAGUUUUCCUGAUGCUUUUGGUCAGACUAGUUUUUAUUUCUCAGGCUUUGGUCCUGCUCCUAUUGAAGUUAGUAUUACAGGGUUUGGUCUUCCAUUGGAACUUUGAAAAUAGGCUAGUCCGUCUCAUUUUGCUUCUAGCCAGUUUUGCUUCCAGGUUCUUCUGUGCCAGGGUUUGGCUAUCAGAGAUGUCAGGGGCAAAUUAAAUAAAUGCAAAAACAUAGAAUCAAAACUGUGAAAAGAGUGGAAAUGUUUCUGUUAUAGUCUUAAAAUGUUUUCUACACAAUUUACCAAAACAAAAUGUUGAGCUGAAAUUACCCAGCAGCAUCCUCUGCAAUGAAAAGUGGUGUUAUAGUUGAAGAAAGCAUUUAAUUUCUCAGUCUAGUAUUGUUUGCAGAAACUUUUUGUGCAUUUUCUUAAAAAAAAAAAGAAAGAAUUUGAGUAACACUGAGUAAAUGCCAGAAAAUAUGUUUAAAAGAGCAGGGAAGAAAAGCCAUAUUUGCAAAAAAGGUGACCUAUAUAUAGUCUAUCGGUUUUGCAAGUAAAAAAAAAAAA